UAAAGGCGGAAAUAGUUGGGGGAGACACAUCUUGACUCUUUCAACUCUCUCUAUAUAUGCGUUUGUAGGGUCCUUUUUGCUUUUUAGUCCCACGUAUUUUGUGCUUAAAUCAUUAUUGGCAUAAUACCGACACUUUAGCCAAGGUAGUUAUGUAUUCGUUCUGCAGGAAGGGCUUUUAUUGGUUGUUUGUGUGCAACUUUUACCGUAUAGACUUACUUCAAUACAUUUUUAAAGGAUUGUAAUUGGCCAUUCAUUUGAAUAAUCCUACAGUAAAAUGUUAACUGUGUAUAGAAAUUUGAAAAAUAUCUGCAUUGUGCAAUAUUCAUUUCAAGCUUUGGGGCGCUGUGAUACAAAACUCAACCCCAUACAGGUCAACUGUUUCCGGUUUCCGCUGAAGAACGUCAACAGUGAAAGACGAAGAGGAGAAAUAUCUUCACUGGUAUAAUUCAGCACGCCCAAUCUUUAAUUUGCUAUGCUCUGUCUAAUCUCUAAUUUACAUCUCAAGAGUGAGUUGUCAGAUUAACGUGGCAUCUGUUCAGUGAACUGUUCAGUCUUGAGCCACUACAGCACCAUAGCAUUGGUGCUCCCUGCACUGAGCCAUCACCAUGGAAACGGACACAGAUGUCAUACCUAUCUGGCAGAACAAGCCUCAUGGGUCCACUCGAAGUGUUGUCAGAAGAAUAGGCUCAACUCUUCCACUUAGACCUCCGCAAAGAGCAUGUUUUCAGGAACUGCCAGGUCUACCGUCUCUUCGCCCUAUGGAUGGCCCCAUGGUUCCCACCUUAGCAGAUAUCGCCUGGAUUGUUGCGGAUGAAGAGGAGACGUAUGCAAGAGUGCGGAGUGAUUCUCGCCCUCUUAAGCACGAAUGGAGGCCCACGCCUCUACUGGUGCUCCACAGGAACUCAUCCGUGCCCAACUUCCGGCGUGAAGGCAAACGAGUGGAAGGACUGAAGAAGCCCGGGGUGACGGCGCUCAACCGCACCACCGCCCUUCAGGAUGAGCUGAGCAGGCUCAGAGCGCAGAUCGCAAAGAUUGUGGCUGGUGAUACUGGCUCCAACCCCUUAACUCCUGACCUUCUUUCCCCUGACGACACCACUAUGAGCUUCUCCAUGGCACCUUUCGAGACUGCCCCUUACCAACCAGCCGCCACGGCCGCAGCCUCCUUUGUCAUCAGCGACGUCACCGAAGAGGAGGAGGAAGAAGAAGACGACGAGGACAAGGACAUGGUCUCUAUGGUAUCAGAGCUGGUCCCCGACCCAAUGGCACCAGUGUCGAUGACGGCGUCGGCAACAUUUGACCUGGACAGGCCCAGCAUGGACUACCGCGAAGCGGAGGAGGACACAGUGUCGCUGUCCAAGUCCACCAGCUUUGCAGAUGUUAUGGACAUCCUGAAAGACAUGAACCGCAUGAAGAUGAGCAAGGACAGGUACAACAGAGGCUGCACAUCCUUAAGAGAGGAGGACUCGGCUUCUCUGAUCUCAGAAGCACUGAGGAAAAAGUUUGUCCUGAAGGAUGAAGACACUUUGUCCAUGAAGCGGAAGUAGCCUGCCUUCCCACCUUUAUCCUCCAUGUAAGGCCUUUCCCAUGAACUAUCAUGGACCACAACCUUGCUCCUCAGAACUCAGUGCAGUAGCGGCCUGCCAGAGUUAGAAAGAACAAACAGAAAACAAAUGUUAACUUUGAGAACUGUAUCACAUAAUAUAUUUAUCUUUUUUUACAUUUCAGUGUGUGUUCACAACGGACUGGUUUAUCUGAGGAUUGACUAAACGGCCCUUUAAGAAGCGUUUUUACCCCUCCAGCUUUGAGAAGGAGCCUUUUUGCAUUUUGUUGAAGGGUUUAUAAUUGGGAAUUUCAGUUCUGUACCAUACUUGAAAAUGACAACACCACGGGCAUGUGCUGCAUCUCGUGUUAACACAAGCUAUAUUAAGAUUUGAAAAGUGUGAUAACUUUAGACUGCGUGUAUGCAACAGAGUUAAGCUUGUGCCGGCCUAUGACGUGAAGAAAGGUGAGCUGUGCGUGUGUUUUUUCAUCACUUUGUACAGGAACCUGCGAAUUGUGACUACCAAUAUUCCUGAUGACGCCUUACCGCACGUUUGUUGCCUGAUUUUACUCCCCGUACUGUGCCAUGGCUUUUCAUUUUAUGAGCCCACCCCUCGUUGCCUAACAUUUUGAGUUGUCAAUUUAUCACUUUUGUCAUUAAGCAAAACUAGCAUCUCUACAUUUACCUUUGUCCUUCUUAAAAGUCUCCUUUUUCAGUCAUUGGCUUGCUUAAUGUUGGAAAGACAUGGUGAAUUCCACCUUUCCACGGAUGUUGUUUUUACCUCGUAGGGUUGAACCCAACCCUGCAUUGUAUCACAUGUAAGGUUUUCUUUUGUCACGUAAGGAUUUGUAAAUAAAGUUGGACAGAUGUUUUGAAGCCAUGUCAAUUAAUGGCUAGUUGCCACAAGGAGGCAGUGUUACUCAAGUUCCCAGUUAAAACGAUCUGUUCCCUUUCCAAAUUAAGAGAUCACCAACUGAGCCAAACGCUUAUUUCAAAGAUCAUUAACAUACCGUUCCCUCUUUUGUUUCCCCAAAUGAUGCUGUCCCUAAGUGAGCCAGUGUCUAUUUUCUGAGUGAGUCCUUGGCCUACUUCACCCACACCAUUGUCUGUGGAGGCUUUCAUUAAUUAGACUUGCUGUCAAAAUUAGGUUCAGGUUAAAUAUAGACAAGGACGGCACACUUUCCUCCGAUGAGACUGGUUUAGUCAAUGGACUGAUGUACUACUUUUGUAUUAUUAAAUGGCCUAACUUGAUCA